AUAAGCUUGUACUUCUUGGGUGGGUCAGUUGCUUGGGGAUAAAUCAAUAAUUUUUGUAUGCGAUUUCCUGAAAGAUUUUAACAUUUUGCUCAACUCCAUUUUUCGAGGAUCAAGAAAGCUUUGCUUUUCCUUCACAGGCGAGAGACAUGACUAACGUCGCAAGCGAUGGAAUCCAAGAACUCACGACACGCACCGAGAAGUUAUCAAUUACUUCCAUCAACAAGAGCACAAAGCUGUUCAAAGCUCAAAUGAGAGAGCUGGAUAAACAGUAUGACACGAUGCAACAGCAACUAGAAGAUCUACACUUCAUCCUGGAUGUUAUCCUGAAAUGGGACGAGGACUUUAAAAAAGUGGUGCGAUUUAGUCAAGGCGUGCCUCACAUGAGAAGCACCAAGGAGAUUUGUGCCAACAUUAAGACAGCCAUGAUACCAAGCAGUGAGUUUGACCGCACAGUGCAGAUACUUAUCAGAGAGGGUGUGCCAUGUUUCACGCGGGUAACAGGGCUUUUUGAUAAGCUGAAAUCUCGUCUCGAUGAGAGGUCGCCGAACGCAAAGGUCUCCGAGGAGAUUCGUCAACUGCUCGGAGAGUUAAUCGGAACUUUGUGUACGAUAAUGAAUUUCUUUUAUGAUCAAGAGGCAUAAACCUCUUCAGUUAAUUAGACUAAUAAGUGGUCAUUGGAUCGAGGAGCAGAAUUGAAGAAAGGGGAGAUAAGCGUUAAAAUGUACCCCCUUCCACUUGUCUUCGAUCGUUAAAUCGUAUUCAUUUUGUUUGAAGUUAUCGAAUAUGACGAAAGAGCAAAUUUUUUGAGUCUUGGAUCAGAGAAGAGACAGGAGAAAACAAAACCAAAUGUUUUCAAAUUUUAGUUUUAUUUAUUUUCCUCGGUGGUUCUGUAAAUUCUGUGAACAGAGAAAAAUUUAAAACGCACUUACGAUUUCAUUCGUGUUGGUCGAGUCCUCGUUUCUUCUGUAGUCUUAUGUCACAACAAGCGGCUGAAGAAACGUGUUUCCAACGAAGCUCGAUCUCUGUCUCGUCACGCAGAUUGUGUUACAAGUAAAAAUUUGACGCGCCUCUUGAGCAACUUAGCCAAUUAAUCACUUGAUAAACGAGGUCGAUUGGCGGCUCAAUGGGGAAGCAAUAUGUUUGACAAUACAUCAAUCAUUAUUUCAAUUUACCGUUUCAAAAUAUCGAAGGGGAAGGAAGAUUUGUAGAAAUACAAUAAUAAUCAGAAAGCCCCGCUAAAACAUUUCUUUCUCCAGGAACGAAGUUACAUGCGUAGCUUGGCAAUGAACAGUUUUGUUAUUCGACACUGACUUCAAUGUCGAGAAUUUUGUCAUGGUUACAAUUACGCACAAGUUUUAUUAAAAUGAACCAAUCUCGCAUCAGCGUGUGGCGAUGUCGCUCUCGCGUUCGCCGUUUGCGAGCCGGCGGGUGCUAUUUUUCACUUGCAUACUUUGUUUGUAUAUUGUUGUUUGGUUUAUUCUGUACUUGAAAAAAAUAUACCCUUGCUCCCUCGAGACUAU